UCGGAGUGGAAUCAAGUGGAGCGGAGUGGGAGUGUGUCGAUCGUACAUACAUGCCGUGAUGGAUGAAGUUUUGACGAAUGAUCUAGGAGGCGAGGAAAGUGGGGGAACAUUAAUAUGUGCGGGUUGUUUGAAUGCUAUUGAUGAAGAUGAAUUUAUACAGGCAUUGAACCAAGAAUGGCACAUUGAUUGUUUUCGAUGUUCGGCGUGCGAUAUCGGCCUAUCGUCUUGGUACUUUGAGAAAGAUGGCUUGCUGUUUUGUAAAGACGAUUAUUGGGCCGCUUAUGGCGAAGCAUGUCAAGGCUGUGGUCAGAUCAUCACAGGUCCUGUUAUGCUGGCAGGCGAUCACAAAUUUCACCCAGAAUGCUUUGCUUGUACUUCUUGCGGUGCUUUUAUUGGAGAUGGUGAAAGUUAUGCACUCGUUGAACGGUCUAAAUUAUAUUGUGGGGUUUGCUAUAAGCGACAGAUGCAACCACUCAACAGAACAGCAAACUAUCCUUUUGCUAGAAAACCACACAGCAUUAGGCUAGUCGAAAUACCUCCUAGCACGACAGAUCCAGAUAAGCAGAGAGGAAUCAAACUCACAUUAGACACAGCUCCCAGUCCUCGCAGUUGUGGUGCUUUGCUGCGUAUUUCAGAGUUAAUGAGAAAUGUUCGUGGAAAGAUCAGUAAGCUGCUGGCCUCUGUGAUGGAGGUCCUAUUUAGACUAUGCUGCCACUUCUCUAAUCAUAGAUUGAAUAUGUCCAGUGAUCUUAUAUCAUUACACAUUGGCGACCGAAUUUUAGAAAUAAAUGGCACCCCUGUUAAAGAUCAGCCUGUGGAAAAUAUCGAAAAUCUCAUACAAUAUUCAGAUACAGUUUUACAAUUGACUAUCGAGCACGAUCCAGAUGCGGUGUCACGACGGCCCACGUUCUGCUCACCGUCCUCGACGAUGCUGACGUGCGUUGGUAAUCCCAGGACAAGUCCCGAAAACAAAGAGCGACUGUUUAAACGUCGAGAUGAGGGUUAUAUGAGUGGUGCGCGGAGCCGACAAUUACGAAGGACGAGAGAUCCUAUGCAUAAAGAACGCAGUAGUUCUAUGUCACGAUUACUUGAUGGAUCUUCUCCAACGAAUCCUACUUAUGAUCUGAGCCGAACCAGAUCCUUUCGCGUAGAGCCAAAGAAUCAGAGAAUAUUUCGAGCGAGUGAUUUGGUGAAGGGCGAGCUUCUAGGUAAAGGAUUCUUUGGACAAGUAUUCAAAGUUACACAUCGCGACACGGACGAAGUGAUGGUUCUCAAGGAGUUAUAUAGAGUGGAUGAAGAUGCUCAGAAAAACUUUUUAAAAGAGGUUGCAGUGCUGCGUUCAUUACACCAUAACAACGUUCUUCGAUUUAUCGGUGUCCUUUAUAAGGAUAAAAAACUGCAUUUGGUUACCGAGUAUAUAGCAGGUGGCACAUUAAGGGCCCUGCUUCACGAUACGAACGAACCAUUGCCAUGGGAACAGCGUACAUCCUUUGCGAAAGAUAUCGCUGCCGGCAUGGCCUACUUGCAUUCCAUGAAUAUCAUUCAUCGCGACUUGAAUUCACACAAUUGUCUCGUUCGUGAGGAUAAGACUGUGGUAGUUGCAGAUUUCGGUCUGGCGAGGAUCAUUCAAAAUGGCAGUUCGCCGGAUAAUCGCAAAUAUAAUCGACAUUCCGAUGGAGAAGUGAAGACCUCAAAGAAAGAGCGGAAGAAACGGUACACAGUUGUCGGAAAUCCUUACUGGAUGGCGCCCGAGAUGAUGAAGGGCAACAAAUAUGAUGAGAAAGUGGAUAUAUUUAGCUUUGGCAUAGUUGUAUGCGAGAUCAUAGGUCGAGUCCAAGCAGACCCCGACUAUUUACCUAGAUCGUCCGAUUUUGGCCUGAAUCAAAAUGUUUUCAAAGAAAAAUUUUGCUCUAAUUGCCCCGAGACCUUUUAUAUGAUCGCAUUUCUUUGCUGCGAUCUGAAUCCGGAUAAGAGACCACCUUUCGAAGUUAUGGAAGUCUGGUUGGAAGGACUGGCCAUGCAUCUAUCGGUAGGCGCCGAAUUACCGGCAAAUCUAGAUUUUGAUAUAAGAAAUUAUAAAGGACCUAGUCCGAGUAGUAGCGAAUCCACAACUCCGGAAACUUUGGCGCCACAAUUAAAACCUAUUAAGGAGGGCCAAGUGCAUCAAGAGAAAAAGCGAUCUAGCGGCUGCGAUGACAGUACACUAGAACGUGAAAUACAACCCGUACCGAUAUCUAACACGCUUCUCGUGCCUGAAGUCGUCAGUCCACGUAACAGGUAUACGAGGCAGAAUAGCAAAAGUAAUGACAACUCGAACAAUGUGGGACGUUACUCGAGACAAAAUUCCAAAUCAAAAGACUUUGAUAAAGAGAAGUCCAUUGUAAUUUCAUCCGAUUCCAGCAGUUUUAGUGGACGUUAUUUAAGAAAUAAUAAUGCCAAAUUAAAAGAUACAUCUCCCGAUAUUCCAAAUAUCUACGCUUAUUCAAAGAUUGAUACAAGCGAACAUAACGUAACUCGAGUACCAAAUAUAGAAAAAAUAAAGUACGUAGGAAGCGCAAGUCAGUGUACAGUUUCUGACGCUUCAGAUUAUAUAAUCGACAGUAAAGGUUCAUAUAAAAUCAGUAACAAUCUGAAACAUAAAUCAACGGAGAAGUCCAACGAUACGAGUGGUUGUAAGGUGAAAUCAGAAAAUAAAUUUAAAAUACCAGACACUGCAAGCUCCGUUGGCUCGUAUUUGCGGCAAAUCGGGAAAUCUAUCGGCGCUAUAGAAAAGGAAAAUAAAGCGAUUAAUAAUCGAAACGAUGUAAACUCUGGUGACAUCAAUCCAAAAAAAGUUGUUGGCGAAGGCACGAAGCCAUGCAGCGGAUCAUAUCUGCGAAGAACUAAAAUAUCACCGACUAAGGAGACUACGAAGAACGCAUUUUCUAAUAAAGAAAUUGAUAAAGUUGAUGGCGUUUCAUCGUUACAGAAAUCGGUACAGUCAAAAGUCCCACCGAAUCAAGAGAAUGUCAUCGAAAAGGAAGAUGUUAAAGAUAGACUAUCCAAACAAGAGAACAACGUGUCCGACGUCGGUAGCAUCUUGUCUAGACAGGGAAGUCCCACAGUAUUAGAUUGCACGUCUAAGUAUAAAGAUUACUCGUUGUUCGAUACCUACAUGAAGGAUGAUUUUCGCAAGAAUGAUUCCUUCAAAAAACUAUAUAGUUCGAGUCUAUAUCAUACAGACAGUCUUUAUUCCAAUUCCAGCGUAUCAAAGCGCGAUAAUCUUAUCACACCUAAUAGGCAAAAUGCGAGUGACGACGGUAAUCGUCCUGUUGUAGCCGAAUCAAUGAGCGAUGAUACUAAGACUCCGAUGAUGACUUCGUCUCUUUAUGGCAGCGAUUUAAAGAAUUGUCUGGCUGAUUACACCAGGUGCUACAAGGGUAUCGAUGUUUGCAGACAGGACAGUUUUGGCUCCGAUAGUGCACUUGGUACUAUGAAGAGCGAUUUCUUCGCCGAUAUUGAUUUCGCGCAAAUGAGGGAUAGCAGACAUACACCGGACUUAUGCCAUACAUCCGAAAGGUGCUGCACACCUAAUCGUCCAACGACACCGAUAGAAAGUACCGCUUUAUAAAUUAAAAUGCAAGGAGAUAACAGCUUUCCAAGAUAUCGAAAUAACGUUCGUAAUCCCUAAUGAUUGAAUCUCAAUGCUACUAAUUUGAUCUCUUUAUUCAUAAUAUGUAAGAUUUGAACAUGUAACGUGCUUAGUUUGCAGUAUUAAUUUUUUAGUUAAAGAAGUUACUUCGUCCAUUAUUUUUAUUGCUUAAAGCGAAGAAAGAUUGAAUUCAUUUUGAUAUAUGUGCAAUA